AUGGAGGCGAGGAACGGCACCGACGAUGCUGCCCCCGCAGGCAGGGGGGCCGCAGCACACCUCCCAGCUCCGUCCAGGACGUUCUGGAUCGUCUUGUCCGCCGUCUUGUUUUUUGCAGUUGUCGGCAUCAGCCUGGUGGGGGUUCUCAGCUUCUUCCCCGGCUCUGCCCAGGCUGACUCGCAGCUCGUCCGGCUGACGCUCCAGGGCCAGCAAGACCCGCUGAGGAAUCAGACGGCUUUGGUGGACAAAUCCAGGCGCACCGUGACCUACUACAUAACCUCGCAGAGUGACCACACUGCCGUGGUGCUGUACGACAGCAGGAAGGGCUACGUGUGCUACAAGCCUGCGGAGCAGCGGGCGUGCUACCUGCGGAGGAUGGAUGCCUGGGACGUCCAGACCCUACAGAUGUCCCUCAACACGUCCGAGCAGAGCGCUGAUCAGCUGCUACGUCAGAACAACCAGACCAAGUACUACCGGGAGUUCCUGGGCAUUCUGACGGGAGAGCAGGUGGACCCCGAAAGCCUGGGGGAAGCUGUCCAGACCCUGUGUGAGCAGAGAGCCAUCUUCUGGGUCAGGAGAAGGGACGGUCCAGGGAAGCAGCGACUGAUCUACCUUUGCAUCGACAUCUGUUUUCCAAGCAACGUUUGCGUGUCUAUCUGCUUCUAUUACCUCCCCGAGUAA